AUGAGCGAACCGGGACCCCGCAGCUCGGCCGGCAACGGCGACCAGCGCCGCAUCUGGAGCUGCGUCACCUGCCGUCGGCGCAAGGUCAAGUGCGACCGCCGCGCGCCGCGCUGCGAUGUCUGCACCAAAACGGGCAUCGAGUGCCACUACCCCGUCGGCGGCCGCCUGCCGAGCCGCGCGCGCGCGCAGCCGCAGUGGUCGUCGCCGCACCAGAAGCAGACGGACCUCCUGGAGCGGCUGCGGCGGCUCGAGGCCGUGGUGACGGAGCUCUCGGCGCAGGUUGACGAGGCGAAUGAAGCGGGCACACGGCCGGAAGGGCACGGGUGGCAGCUCACGCCAAACUCGAGGGCCGUCUCGUCGACGGAGAUGGUGGAUGCGGAUCAGGAGCCGGAGGAAGACUUUGGGCAGCUCGUCACCGGGGGCGACGGACGCGUGAGGAUCGCCAAAUCGUUUUGGUCCGUCUUUUGUGAUGAGGUCGAUCAUAUAUUCGAGUCCAUACAAGACGCUUCAGAACAGUCCCAGGAAGACUUCAUCUCGCAGUCAUCUUCUUCGCUUUGCUACUGCCAGUCCUUCGGCCUAGGUGGCGAUGCAUCGAUGCUCCCUCAGCGUUACAUGGGUGCCUCUUCCACCCAAACCUCACUUUUGUUGCAGACAUAUAAAGAAAGGGUCGAUCCCUUUGUCAAGGUGCUAUCAACGGACGCACUGCAGCAUCUUUGUGAUUCAUGGGGCACGUCUCAGUCAGAGUUAGAACCCGCACAGGCUUCCCUGCGCUCGGCUGCUAUGUUUGGCGCGGCCAUCACGCUCACUGCAGCAGAAACAAAGGCCGCUUUCGAAACAACAAAAGAUACACUUCUUACAGAUCUGCGCGCACUUGCCGAAAGAGAGCUUGCGCGAUCAAAAUACAUGUCAGCCACAGACUUGGUCGUGCUGCAGGCCCUUCUCAUCUACACAUCGAUGCUGCCCUACGCGAACAUGCAUGACGUGGCUGGUCCGCUGGCCGCUUCUACGGUACAAGUCGCAAUGCAGAAUGGGCUACACAUGGAGAAAGCACGAGAAAGCCGCGGCAAUGCAGAUGUGCGAGAGAUGAUGUGGUUGCAGGUCUGCUUCCUGUCGUCACGGUUCCAAGUCGCUGAUGUGGCGGUCUCUGAGUGGCCCCCAGACGUUACAGACGUGACGGCAUGCUGCGAGCGACUAUACCCAAACAACCCAGAGCAGAGGAUGUUGUUAUUUACAAGGCAGACUAUAUGGAACUUGUCGCGGCAGAUGCGGCAUCUUAGUUCGGGCGCGGAGACCAGUGAAGCCGAGACUCUGGUCAGCGCGGCCAGGUUGGCCGUCGAAGAGCAGCACGAACGACACUUGCUUACAUCCAAAACAGCAUUCGCGGCAUUUAUACAGAAAAUGUCACAACUCUUCUUUGCCAAAAUCCAGCACGCCAUCAUCGCUCAAAAAUGGCAACAGCACGACAGCGGCCAGCUAUUCACCCCGGGCCUGCAAGCCGAGCCCAUCGCCCAGGCCCUCUCCGACGCUAGCAUGACCACGCUGGAAGCGAUGCACGCGCUCGGCACGCAGCACGACUGGGCGCCGUGGCGCUGGCAGCUGCAGGGCCUCUUUCCCUGGGCGGCCAUGAAGCUCGUCUUUGCGCACUUUGCCGCCUGCCGGUGGACGCCGCUGUCGGAGCGCGCGUGGGUGCUGGCACGCGCGGUCGUCGGCAGCGCGUCGGACGAGGUGCGGAGAGAUCCGGCGUGGGCGGCGCUGGGCAAGCUGAUGGAAGCUGCGGAAGGGCAGAGGGAGAGGGAGAUGCAGAGGCUCAUGGGCGACGCGAUGGCUGGGGGGGACUAUAUGCGGAUCAUCGAGGCGGGGCAGCGGGUGUUUUAUAGUGAGGGGCUUGGAGGUGGCGUGGAGAGACAGGAAGAGCAGAUAUCACUGGAUAAAAGAGAUGGUGAGGACGUAUGGGAUGUGAAUGAGGCGAUUGGAGAGCCUGGCUUGGCUUAUAACUGGCCGGAUGAGCUAGCAGCUAUGGACGCAGUGUCUUGGUAG